UGCACAGACACCUUAAGGCCAGAAUCAAAAUCCACCUCACAUCCUCUCAUGUCCUGGCCACAGCAGGGGAAGGCUGGGCUGGACAAGAAUCAACCUCCUUCAACUCACAAUCCAGGAACCGGUGACUUCCAAGGAUGUGGCUGUAGACUUCACCCUGGAGGAGUGGGGGUCAGCUGGACGCUCCUCAAAGGGCUCUGUAUAAGGAAGUAAUGCUGGAGAACUACCAGAACCUUCUUGCUCUGGGAGCAGGGCCUCCACCCCGCCAACCAGGUGUGAUCUCCCAUCUGGACCGAGGCCAGGAACCCUGGGAAGAGCUCAGGAAAAGCCCAAGAGAGGUUUGUCCAGAGUGGAAGGCGGAGCCUGAGGUGAUGGAGGAGGGUGUUUACAAAACAGGGCUGUCUCAGAAGAGGCCAGGUCGGAUGAGAGCCAGCUUGGGUAAUGCCGGGACCGUGUUAGGGAGCAAGGCUACUGCCAAUGGGGACAGCAUAAAAGAGAGUCACGGGUCUCGGCAUGCAGCGCAGAGUGCACACGGGGGAGAGGCCGUCCGCCUCUCCGCUGGCGCGCCCUUUCUCCUCCCAGCAAGGCACUCCCACAGAACACUCACCUGCGCUUACCGUCAGGACGCUUACCGUGAGGACAGCACCGGCAGCCUUGGGUGGACGCUGACACCGAGGAGAGCAUGUUUGCAUGCAGCCAGGGUGGGAAGGUAUUCCUGGAGAGCUCGGCCCUGGCGCUGCACUGGCGCCCGCACAGCCGCGAAAAGGCCUUUAAGUGCCACCAGGGCGACAAGGCCUUCCCCUGGGGCACCAACCUCGUGGAGCACCAGCGCCGCCACACGGGCGGCGGCGGCGAGAAGCCCCUUUUCUGCGGUGAGUGUGGCAAGGCUUUCAGCUGCCACUCGUCUCUCAACGUGCACCACCGCAGCCACACGGGCGAGAGGCCCUACGAGUGUGGCGCCUGUGAGAAGGCCUUCAGCUGCAGCUCGCCGCUCGGCAUGCAGCGCAGAGUGCACACGGGGGAGAGGCCGUCCGCCUGCAGCGAGUGCGGGAAGGCCUUCCACCAGCGCACCCACCUCACUCGCCACCUCCGCGUCCACACCGGCGACAGGCCCUGCAAGUGCGGGUGCGGCAAGGCCUUCAGCUGCCGCUCUUCGCUCGCCGUGCACGAGAAGAUCCGCAGCGGCGACAGGCCCUUCAAGUGCGGGGAGUGCGGCAAGGCCUUUGGCUCGCACUCCUACCUCAUGGUGCACCAGCGCGUCCACACGGGCAAGAAGCUUGACUGCAGCAGGUGCUGGAAGGCCUUCAGCUGCCACUCAUCGCUCAUCGUACACCAGCGUGUCCACACCGGCGAGAAGCCUUACAGAUGCCCCCAGCGUGGCAAGGCCUUCAACCAGAACCACUGUCUUAUCAAACACCAGAAGGUUCACUCCAGAGAGAAGGCUUCGGAGCGCAGCGAGUGCGGGGGAGGCUUUCCGCUGGAGCUCACACCCCAGAAACCUUUCACCAUCCAGCUCAAUAGGCGCCUGCUGAGCACCUACUCCUGGCCUAGAGGCCUGCUAGGUGCAGGGAACACCCAGGCGACUGCCACGGACUCCAUAAACACCUUGGGUAUAGCAAAGCUCUUGUGUGCGGUACAGCCUCCAGCCGGUAGAAACUACCCUCUGGAGAACAAACCUGUCAAUCAGAGUGACACUAACAAGGUAUUUCCCCAAUUACCCGAGUAAUUCGUCAACUCUCUAGGCUCUCAGAACCAGACUGCUGUCCCUCAAAGGCCUGGCCUUGAUUCCCUCCUACUAGAUAAAGUUCCCCCCUCCGUCCCCCCCUCCCCCGCCCGGAAGGGACAAGCGCAGAAGAGAUCUGAAGUCAUCUCAACACCGUGCCUUCCUUGGGGCCAGCGGUCACCAAGACGAGGGUUGAGGGGGACAGUGUUUCACGCAGCCUAGGCUGGUCUGUACAGAAGGCCCUUGAAGAUCCUAUUCAGUCCUCUUGUCUCAGCCUCUCACGUACUGAGGUGACAGGCAUGUGUGAGCCACCACACCUAGUUAUGCCAUGCCAGGGGUUGAAUCCAGGCUUCAUGCAUGCUAAACAAGCUCUGUCCAGCCCAGUCACUUUCCCAGCCUGCAGACUGUACCUGUCUGGUUUAGUCUUUUGAGACAGGGACUUUGGGUAGCACUGGCUGCCCUGGAGGUCACUUGGUAGACCAGCCUGCCUCUGCCUCUGGAGGCUGGGAUUAAAGGUGUGUGCUACCACACCCAGCUAAUAAAUCUUUCUGUGAAAAGGUGGGUGGAGAGGCAGUAUACAGAGGUGUAGCUCAAUGGUAGAGCAAGCCAGGGAAAGAAAGUCCGGAGUUGUCUAGACCAGCUGCAAACUCCUGAUCCUCCCACAUGCUGGAUUUCAGGUGUGCACCGCCAUGCUCAGCUUUAAAAAAACAGGAACUGAAAGUGAGACGUAUCUGAGCGGUAAAGAACUUGCCCGGCAUGGGCUCAGGCCCAGCACUGGAGAAAAGACUGAACAGCCGGAAUCUGUGGUCAGUUUGCCACUUACACUCUCAUGGGCUGCCUUCUGCUGUGUUCCCCGUGAACACUGAAAUUACUCUGAGUAUAGUUGAUCCUUUAUUCAUGUUGCAGGAGUGUAUGUGUGUGCGCAUGUGUGUGUAUAUGUGUAUGUGUGUGUGCACAUGCCUGCCAUGUGUGCCCACACAUUUGUGGAGGCUGGAGGUUGAUGGUUGGGGGUCUUUCUCUAUUGAUCUCACCAUUUUUUAAAAUGUUUACUUGUGGACUGGAGAGACCGUUUUCCCAGAGGACACAGCACUCGCCUCAGCCUGUAGCUCCAGCUGCUGAUCUCCUCUGAUCUCCAAGGGCACCUCGAUGCAUUUGUACAUAUCCACACCCAGAUGCACACAGACACACACACACACACACACACACACACACUAAAAUAAAAAAUCCUAAAAUAUUUGCAUAGGGACAGUGUGUGCUCUGUCAUUCAGGCACAUGGAGGUCUGAGGACAACUUCUAGGAGUCUGUUGCUGCUGUUCUGUAUAAUCUACCUCCAGCAUCACCCAAAGGAUGCUGAAAUUCAGCCGGGCUGUGGAGGUGCACAUCUUUAAUCCCAGCAUUGGGGAAGCAGAAGCAGGCAGAUACCAAGUUCCAGGACAGCCAGGCCUACAGAGUGAGUUCCAGGACAGCCAGGCCUACAGAGUGAGUUCCAGGACAGCCAGGCCUACAGAGUGAGUUCCAGGACAGCCAGGCCUACACAGAAAACACUGUCUGGAGAAACAAAACAAACAAACAAAAAGAACGGUGAAAUUCUCAAAAAAAGAGAAUGCUGGAAUUACAGACUUGUGCCACCAUGCCCAGCUUUUUACAUGGGUCCUGGGGGUUGAACUCGGUUUGUGAGGCUUGCGAGGCUACUACUGCUACCCACUGGGCCAGCCCUGGUCCCCCACCUUCUUUAUUUCUUUAUUUUUUGAAACACAGUCUCUCAUGGAACCUGGAGCUUGGCAUUUGAGGAGAGAGGAGAUAGGGAGGGAGGAGAGGAGGUUGCCCAGUCCCUGUGUUGAUCAGGUACAAACAUCUGCUGCCUGCCCUGGAAGGGGAACUAUUCAAAGUUGGAAGGCCAGAGGCACUUUGUUCAGAAUAUACUAUUCUCCGGAUGUCUAUGCUGGUGUUUCAUGUAGGUCCUUAGGGCCACAUCUUGACAACUGGGGGUCCCUUCCUCCAUAACACAUAGGAAGUCAUAUUUUACCACUGCAAUGGCAAAAGAUAAACAUAAUUUAGGCUUUAUUUGUUAUUCAUUAUUAGAACAUCUAUUUUUCUUUUUCUUUUUUUUCCAAGGAAGGGUUUCUCUGUGUAGCCCUGGCUGUCCUGGAACUCACUCUGUAGACCAGGCUUGCCUUGAACUCACAGAGAUCCACCUGCCUCUGCCUCCUAAGUGCUGGGAUUAAAGGCGUGCAUUGCCAUUGCCCAGCAAGAUUUUUAUUUUAUUUUUUUAAUUAUUUAUUUAACUUUAUUUUAUGUACACUAGUGUGAAGGUGUCAGAUCCCCUGGAACUGGAGUUACAGACAGUUGUGAGCUGCCAUGUGGGUGCUGGGAAUUGAACCCAGGUCCUCUGGAAGAACACCCAGUGUUCCUAACCCCUGAGCCAUCUCUGCAGCCCAAGAUUUUUAUUUUUAAUUAUGUGUAUGUGUUUCUGUGCACCUGAGUGCAAGUGGCUGUGAGUACAGGCAGCUAUGGAGGUCAUAAGAGGGUGUUGGGUCCCCAGGAACUGGGACUGUGAACCGCCCAGUAUAGAUGCUGGGAACUGACCUUGGACCCUUCAGAAGAGCAGCAAGUAUUCUUAACUGCUGAACUAUUGCCCCAGCCUCAGAUUUUUAUUUAUUUAUUUAUUUAUUUAUUUAUUUAUUUAUUUAUUUAUUUAUUUAUUUAGGUUUUUCAAGACAGGGUUUCUCUGUGUAGCUUUGCGCUUUUCCUGGAACUCGCUUUGGAGACUAGGCUGGCGUUGAACUCACAGAGAUCCUCCUGCCUCUGCCUCCCGAGUGUUGGGAUUAAAGGCGUGUGCCACCACCUCCCGGCUAGAUUUUAUUUAUUUAUUUAUUUUUAUUUUUAUUUUUUUUUGGUUUUUCGAGACAGGGUUUCUCUGUGUAGCUUUGCGCCUGUCCUGGAACUCACUUGGUAGCCCAGGCUGGCCUCGAACUCACAGAGAUCUGCCUGCCUCUGCCUCCCGAGUGCUGGGAUUAAAGGCGUGCGCCACCACCGCCCGGCCUAGAUUUUAUUUUUUAUCAUAGUCCUUUUUUUAAAAAAUUUGUUUGGGAGAACGGGCCUGAGCAUCCUGCCUGAGACCAACCCCGGACCCAGCUGCCCAUCCUACAACUUGGAGGCGUUGGUGAGAUUGCCCUGCCGAUUAACCUGUUCAGCUGAGAUCCAUUUGGGAGAGGUUUCAGAAGCCUGCAGCCUGCAGUCUGAGGAAACAAGAUUAGCUGAGGAGUUGACAAAUGAGCAAAACGUGACCUGAGAACACAAAAGAAGGCGCCGCCCAGCCACCAAACCAGAUCACCAGAGUCAUAAGCCCACCACCCUACACCAACUGGGAACAGGUAAGCCCCCAUCUCUGGACUGGCAGACCAGGUCUCUAGCCCCUAGGCCCCAGUCAUUGGAGCCCCAGGGACCAGGCAGCUACCUUUCCCUGCUCCCUCACAAAAAAACCAGCCCCUGCGAACACAACAACCACUGGAGCCAUAAGCCCACCCUGCACCAGUUGGGAAUAACUGCUCCCUGAGACAGAACCUACUAAGACCAAGUGGACUAAGCUGCUCCCAGAGAAACAGAGCCCAACAGCACUGAUUCGACCAAGAACUCCCAGUGGAGUGAGACUACCAAUUGGAAAAAGAGAGGCAACCUCAGACACAGACACCGCCUGCACCGAGCCAAGGAAGAGAUGAGUAGACACCAAUGCAAAAAUACAGGCAACAACAUAAAGACCUAUAUGACCACAUCAGAACCUAGUGAUUCUACACCUGCAAGACCUGAACAUACCAAUGCUGAAGAAGCAGAAGAAAUCAAUCCUAAAAAUAACUUUAAGAAGAUGAUAGAUGUCCUCAAAGAGGAAAUGAAAAACUCCCUUAAAGAGGAAAUUAAAAAUUCCUUUAAAGAAACAGAAGAAAAAACAAACAAAAAAAUUGGAAGAAAUCAAAGAAAGCCAAGAAAAAGCAAUUGAACAGAUGAAGGAAACAGUUCAAGAUUUGAAAAUUGAAAUAGAGACAAUAAAGAAGACAUAAACUGAGGGAAUGCUGGAAAUAGAAAAUCUGACUAAACGAACAGGAACUACAGAUGCAAGCAUAACCAACAGAAUGAAAGAGAUGGAACAGAGAAUCCCUGACAUUGAAGACACAAUAGAGAAAAUAUUCGUCAGUCAAAGAAAACACUAAAGCCAAAAAAGUCGUAACACAAAACGUCCAAGAAAAUUGGGACACCAUGAAAAGACCAAACCUGAGAAUAAUAGGGAUAGAAGAAGGAGAAGAAUACCAACUCAAAGGGACAAAAAAUAUAUUCAACAAAAUCAUAGAAGAAAACUUUUCUAACCUAAAGAAAGAAAUGCCUAUGAAGAUACAAGAAGCUUACAGAACACCAAAUAGGCUGGAUGCAAACAAAAAGUCCCCUCGCCACAUAAUAAUCAAAACACUAAACAUACAGAACAAAGAAAAAAUAUUAAGAGCCACAAAGGAAAAAGACCAAGUAACAUAUAAAGGCAAACCCAUCAGAAAAACACCCAACUUCUCAAUAGAGACUAUGAAAGCUAGAAGGUCCUGGACAAAUGUUAUGCAGACACUAAGAAACCACGGAUGCCAACCCAGACUAUUAUACCCAGCAAAACUCUCAAUCACCAUAGAUGGAGUAAACAAAAUAUUCCAUGAUAAAACCAGAUUUAAACAACACCUAUCCACAAAUCCAGCCCUACAGAAAGCACUAGAAGGAAAAAAUCCAAAUCCAAAUUAGACACACCCAUGAAAAACCAGGCAAUAGAUAAUCCCACACCAACAAAUACCAAAGAAGGGAAACACAACACUACCACCAAAAAACAACAGUAAUUAGCAAUCACCAGUCAUUAAUAUCCAUCAAUAUCAAUGGUCUCAAUUCACCUAUAAAAAGACACAGGCUAACAGAAUGGAUAUGAAAACAGGAUUCAUCCUUCUGCUGCAUACAAGAAACACACCUUAACUUCAAAGACAGACACCACCUCAGAAUAAAGGGCUGGGAAAAGGCUUUCUAAUCAAAUGGACCUAAGAAGCAAGCUGGUGUAGCUAUCCUAAUAUCUAAUAAAAUAGACUUCAAACUAAAAUCAAUCGAAAGAGAUCAGGAAGGACAUUACAUAUUUAUCACAGGAAAAAUCCACCAAGAUGAAGUCUCAAUUCUGAACAUUUAUGGCCCAAAUACAAGGGCACCCACAUUCAUAAAAGAAACAUUACUAAAGCUUAAAUUGCACAUCAAACCCCACACACUAGUAGUGGGAGAUUUCAACACCCUACUCUCAUAAAUGGACAGAUCUACCAGACUGAAACUUAACAGAGAAAUAAAGGACCUAACAGAUGUUAUGACUCAAAUGGACUUAAUAGAUAUCUACAGAACAUUCCACCCUAACACAAAAGAAUAUAUUUUCUUCUCAGCACCCCACGGAACCUUCUCGAAAAUUGGCCACAUGCUCAGUCACAAAGCAAAUUUCAACAAAUACAAAAACAUUGGAAUAACCUCUUGUAUUUUAUUGGACCACCAUGCCUUAAAGUUAGACUUCAACAACAACAAAAACUAUAGAAAGCCUACAAUCUCAUGGAAACUGAAUAAUGCUCAACUGAAUCACCAAUGGGUCAAGGAAGAAAUAAAGAAAGAAAUUAAAGAUUUCCUAGAAUUCAAUGAAUAUGAAAGUACAACAUACCCAAACUUAUGGGACACUGUGAAAGCAGUACUAAGAGGAAAAUUCAUAGCACUAAAUGCACACAUAAAGAAGUUGGAGAAAUCAGACUAGUGACUUAACAGCCACAUCUGAAAGCUCCAGAACAAAAAGAAACAAACUAACCCAGGAGUUAGUUUCCAGAUGCCAGGAAAUAAUCAAAUUGAGGGAUGAAAUCAAUGAAAUAGAAACAAAGAGAACAAUAUAAAGAAUCAACAAAACAAAGAGUUGGUUCUUCGAAACAAUCAACAAGAUAGACAAACCCCUAGCCAAAUUAACCAAAAGGAAGAGAGAGAGCAUCCAAAUCAAAAUCAGAAAUGAAAAGGGAAACAUAACAACAGACAAUGAGGAAAUCCAGAGAAUCAUCAGGUCAUACUUCAAAAACCUGUACUUCACAAAAUUGGAAAAUCUGAAAGAAAUGGAAAAUUUUCUGGAUAGGUACCACAUACCAAAGUUAAAUCAAAACCAGAUAAACUAUUUAAAUAGACCAAUAACCCCUAAGGAAAUAGAAACAGUCAUUAAAAGUCUCCCAACCAAAAAAAGCCCAGGACCAGAUAGUUUCAGCGCCGAAUUCUACCAGAUUUUCAAAGGAGCUAAUUCCAAUAUUCUUCAAAUUGUUCCACACAAUAGAAACAGAAGGAGCAUUACCAAACUCUUUUUAUGAAGCUACAGUUACCCUGAUACCCAAACCACACAAAGAUGCAACAAAGAAAGAGAAUUACAGACCAAUCUCCCUCAUGAACAUUGAUGCAAAAAUACUCAACAAAAUAUUGGCAACCAAAUCCAAGAACAUAUCAAAAAAAUUAUCCACUAUGACCAAGUGAGCUUCAUACCAGGGAUGCAAGUUUGGUUCAACAUACGAAAAUCUGUCAAUGUAAGAUUUGAAACAAACUGAAAGAAAAAAACCACAUGAUCAUCUCAUUAGAUGCUGAAGACGCCUUUGACAAAAUCGAACACCCCUUCAUAAUAAAGGUCUUGGAGAGAUCAGGAAUACAAGGAACAUUCCUAAACAUAAUAAAGGCAAUUUACAGCAAGCCAACAGUCACCAUCAAAUUAAAUGGAGAGAAACUCAAAGCGAUUCCACUAAAAUCAGGAACAAGACAAGGCUGCCCGUUCUCCCCAUAUUUAUUCAGUAUAGUACUUGAAGUUCUAGCUAGAGCAAGAAGACAACAAAAGGAGAUCAAAGGGGUACAAAUUGGAAAGGAAGAAGUCAAACUUUCACUAUUUACAGACGAUAUGAUAGUAUACAUAAGUGACCCCAAAAAUUCUACCAGGGAACUCCUACAACUGAUAAACUCCUUCAGUAAAGUGGCAGGAUCCAAGAUCAACUAAAAAAAAAUCAGUAGCCCUCCUAUACACAAAUAAUAAAAGGACUGAGAAAGAAAUCAGAGAAACCUCACCCUUUACAAUAGCCACAAAUAAUAUAAAAUACCUUGGGGUAACACUAACUAAACAAGUGAAGGACCUGUUUGAUAAGAACUUUAAAUCUCUAAAGAAAGAAAUUGAAGAAGAUAUCAGAAAAUGGAAGGAUCUCCCAUGCUCAUGGAUAGGUAGGAUUAACAUAGUAAAAAUGGCAAUCUUACCAAAAGCAAUCUACAGAUUCAAUGCAAUCCCCAUCAAAAUCCCAACAUAAUUCUUCACAGACCUGGAAAGAACAAUACUCAAUUUCAUAUGGAAAAACAAAAAACCCAGGAUAGCUAAAAAAAUCUUGUAUAAUAAAGCAACCUCUGGAGGCAUCACCAUCCCUGACCUCAAGCUCUACUAUAGAGCUAUAAUAAUAAAAACAGCUUGGUACUGGCAUAAAAACCAACAUAUGGACCAAUGGAAUCGAAUUGAAGACCCUGAAAUUAAUCCGCACAUAUGAAGACCUGAUUUUUGAUGAAGAAGCCAAAACUACACAAUGGAAAAAAGAAAGUAUCUUCAACAAAUGGUGCUGGCAUAACUGGAUGUCAACAUGUAGAAGAUUACAAAUAGAUCCAUAUCUGUCACAAUGCACAAAACUCAAGUCCAAGUGGAUCAAAGACCUCAACAUAAAUCCAGUUACACUAAACUUGAUAGAAGAGAAAGUAGGAAGUCUUCUUGAACGCAUUGGCACAGGAGAUCACUUCCUAAUAUAACACCAGUAGCACAGACACUAAGAGCAACAAUUAAUAAAUGAGGCCUCUUGAAACUGAGAAGCUUUUGUAGGGCAAAGACAUGGUCAAUAAGACAAAAUGACAGCCUACAGAAUGGGAAAAGAUCUUCACCAACCUCACAUCUGACAGAGGGCUGAUCUCCAGAAUAUAUAAAGAACUCAAGAAACUAGACAUCAAAAUACUGAACAAUCCAAUUAAAAAAUGGGCUACAGAGCUAAACAGAGAAUUCUCAAAAUAAGAAUCUCAAAUGGGCCUGGCGGUGGUGGCACACACCUUUAAUCCCAGCACUCAGGAGACAGAGCCAGGUGGAUCUCUGUGAGUCCAAGGCCAGCCUGGUCUACAGAGUGAGAUCCAGGAGUAAGAGAGAGAGAGAGAGAGAGAGAGAGAGAGAGAGAGAGAGAGAGAGAGAGAGAGAGAGAAUCUCAAAUGGCUGAAAGACAUUUAAGGAAAUGCUCAACAUCCUUAGUCAUAGAGAAAUGCAAAUCAAGACCACUCUGAGAUACCCCCUUACACCUGUCAGAAUGGCUAAGAUCAAAAACACUGAUGACAGUCUAUGUUGGAGAGGAUGCGGAGCAAGGGGAACACUCCUCCACUGUUGGUGGGAGUACAAACUUGUACAACCACUGUGGAAAUCAGUAUGGCAGUUUCUCAGAAAAUUAGGAAUUGAUCUACCUCAAGACCCAGCCCUACCCCUCUUGGGCAUAUACCCAAGGAAUGCUCAAUCAUACCACAAAGAUACAUGCUCAGCUAUGUUCAUAGCAGCAUUAUUCAUAAUAGCCAGAACCUGGAAACAACCUACAUGCCCACCAGCUGAAGAAUGGAUAAAGAAAAUGUGGUACAUAUACACAAUGGAGUACUACUCAGCAGAGAAAAACAAUGACAUCAUGAAAUUUGCAGGCAAAUGGAUGGAACUAGAAAAUAUCAUCCCGAGUGAGGUAACCCAGACUCAGAAGGACAAACAUGGCAUGUACUCACUCAUAAGUGGAUACUAGAUAUAAAGCAAAGGACAAUCAGACUGCAAACCACAGAUCCAGGGAGGCUUACCUAGCAGGGAGGACCAUAGGAAGACUGUGGCUUAUAAUAAAUUUUGGGUUUGACCAAUCACUGGGCAUGCUUAAGUGAAACAUUUCACUGUUAGGAUAAGAAUUUGUACUGUAUCAAGCUGAUGAAAGGAUAUGCUGGCUGUACUUUUAGGAGGGGAGGCUAAAAUCUUUUUAGAUUAUGGAUUAGCCUACAGAAAAAUGUCUGCCGUAAAUCAAACAGUGAAGGGGAAGAUGAAUAGGAAUCUCACUUAUACAACUUAAGUAAAACAUAGCUCUCUGAACAGAUGAAGAUACGUUUCUUCUGUAUCCCAGAAUCUAAUAAAUAUAUAUAUAUAAUUCA